GUCGCAGCGUCAGAGACGUAGAUUGGGAUAGUAUAUCUGCCCAGAAGCUUCGUAUGCGAUCACGGCGUCGAUUCCACAAUCACUCGGAUCUCCACACAACGCCAAUAAACAAGACCAGCACGUGGUGGAAGGGCAGCUCACCAAGAGGAAUGCAUGAUGGUGAUCAAUACUUUAUUCGCCAAACCAAUCGAGAUUAUAGUACAAAUGAAACAUUCGGUCGCGAACGGGAAUACUUAGUAACCGACCAUACUGGCAGUCCUUACGGAGAUGAUACGAUUGUGACACGGUACGACAACGAUCCACAACCUCGUUUACAAUCUUCAGGGUCAGAAGCGACCGUAUGGGUAGCGUCAGAUUAUGUCGAACCGGCCACAGUUCGGAUAAAGGACGAGCAAAAAGCAGAGCACCCUCUCCACAUGACAUGUAUAGAUACAAAGCAAACGAUUCACCGACGUAUUAGCAGGUCGUUUGAAUUUCCCCGACUCUCCCAUUCCCCCAACACCAACGGAACUAUGCCUGUCAAAGGGCACGUAACUUCUGCAUGGAACUUUUACUCGGUUCCCCCGCCAGAAGAGAAGAAUACACCAGAUCCGGCCAGCAUGUGCGCAGAUCCAUGAGACGUGUGCUCAAAACGGAGGCAUUUACUUGUUGGGCCCCUUUCCCCGUUUGUAAGAAGUAACGAGAGCCAGAAUUUUCUACCGAACAAACAAUAGGCAAAAACAGUUCCAUUUUCAAACGCAUCCAAUCAUGGAUCGAAUACAUAUCUUUAGGGUUGGAUGGCUUCGGGUAUCCGGUCGUCGUUGCUAAUUUUGUCAUAUUUGCG